AUGCGACUUCCAAUUCUGUACACAGCGGUUGUACUGGCUGUUCUAGUCGAGUUUUCGUUAGCCGCUAAGAAAGAGCCAAAACUCACGGAAGAUUCGAAUGUUGUACUUGCCAAGAUCAAAUCCCUAAGGGAGAAAGCGAAGCAAGAGUUGCAAAGCAUAGCCGACAAAGAAGAGCGUCAACUCGUGGAAACGAUCAUUAUCGAAGAACAAGUUAAGGCUUUCAAAGCUAGCCUUCGCCCAAAACGAGAUUCUACUCGAGUCAAAGCUACCUCUAAGGCCAGGAAGGCACGAAAACUUCGUCGAGCUAGGAAAGUUCGUAACGCCGCCAAGCGCCAAGCUAAGCGGCGUGCAUUCAACAAGCGUCAAGCCAGAAUCCGUCGUGCUAGAGCUCAGACUCGUGCCCGUUUGCUCAGACGCAUCCAGCGUGCCAAACGGUUGCGACUGCGAUCUCAACGUCGUGCCGCUGAGGCCAAGAAAGCCGACAGACUCAAGAAGGAAUGA